UUAGGUUCGGUUGGUUACGUUAGGUUAGACUGGUUAGGUUAGGUUCGGUUGGUUAGGUUAGGUGAGGCGGGAAAGCGGCGUGGGACAGGCUGCGGUCUCUUGACACCCAUUGGAGAGACUGGAGGCCGCCCGCCGACAGGAAGUCCCGCCCCGGAAGUGACGCUGCGCUUUCUGCUUCCAUGGCGGCACCCAGGCGACUGUGGCUGGCGCGGCUGCUGGUGGCCCUGCGGGACCUUCCGGUGCGCCGAGCCCUGCACCAGGUGACCCCGCCGCGGGACGUGCUGCUCUUCGAGCACGAGCGGGGCCGCUUUUUCACAGUUCUUGGGCUGUUCUGCGCUGGCCAGGGCGUCUUCUGGGCCUCCCUGGCCGUGGCAGCCUUGGCCCCACCCCCGGUCCCCGUGCAGCCUACGGAUGCAGAGGUCCCUGACCGCCGCCGCUUGGACGUGCGCGCUGCGCUCUGGCGCUACGGCCUGGCGGUCGGCUGCGGCGCCAUCGGUACCCUGGUACUUGCUGCUGGUCUUCUUUUCUCCCUCCGUUCUGUGCGUUCAGUGAUGCUACAGGCUGGAGGGAAGCAGGUGACCCUCACCACUCAUGCCCCCUUUGGCUUGGGUGCUCAAUUCACUGUUCCCUUGAACCAAGUAUCCUGCAUGGCCCACCGGGGUGAAGUCCCUGCCAUGCUGCCUCUAAAAGUCAAAGGCCGACGUUUCUACUUCCUCUUGGACAAGGCUGGACAUUUCCCCAACACAAAACUCUUUGACAACACUGUGGGUGCCUACCGUAGCUUGUAAAAAAACCACCUCUGAACACUCACCCCUCCCAGAGGGGAAUAAAAAUUGAACCUUAA